AUGGACCGCAUGGGAAUGUUCCAGGUGCCCCCUCUAGUAGGGCCACCACCGCUUACAAACCAACCGCCACAGAUCUUUGGCUCAUUUCUUCCCGAUGGCCUGCCCUCUGUGCAGCAACUUCCUCCGGACUUGGCAGCGCAUAUAUUUCCAGACUCUAGCUUGUUGCUCGAUGACAGCAACGAUGCCAAGAGGCGGAGGAUUGCUAGGGCCUGUGACCAGUGCAGACGGAAAAAGAUCAAGUGCGACGGUAAGCUGCCGGCAUGCACUCAUUGCACCAACUACAAGACCGAAUGCAUCUUCACCCAGAUUGAAAAGAAGAGGGCGACGCCAAAGGGAGCCAAAUACAUUGAAGCACUGGAGAACCGUCUCGCUCGCAUGGAAAAGCUGCUCCGGCUGGCCGGCAUCCUCGUGAAUGACGACGACGACCUUGCUGAACUCGAAAAGAGACUUACCGAAAAGGCACAGCAGACAGCUGGCGCUCAAAGCUCAGCCCCUUCUUCGCCCUCGCGCCUCACGUUCGAGAGUGAUGGCACGGCCUCUCCCAGAAGCUCGGUGACCUCGCCAGGUUUCCAGAAGGACAAGGACAGGAGACAGGACGACAAGCACAAGCCAAUCGCUACGCCCGUGAGCCUCCAGGGCGAGGAGGAAGUCGAGGCCUUGUCGGAAAUGAUGUGCUCACUGGUAACGAACAACUGCGGAGAAACCAGAUACAUCGGCUCCUCGUCCGGCUUCUCCAUCUUCUCACCCAAGGGCAUCCAGUGGAUCAACAACAAGACGGGCGAUGCCGCCUUCCAGAACAUGAUCUCCCAAGUUUCCGAAGAUGACCACAAGUGGACAAACUGGAAGCCUGAAAUCUUCAGGGACUUGUUUCAGCGACCCGUUUUCCAACCCCUUCCGUCAAAGGCCGAGGCCAUGUCCCUGCUCACGGACUACUUCGAGAACUUCAACUGCAUGUUCCCGCUCUUCCACCAGCCGACAUUCAUGCACCUGGUCGAGCGCCAGUACUCCGACGAUCCAUAUCAGGGCUCCGGUUGGUGGGCAAGUCUCAACUGUGCCUUGGCCAUUGCUCAUCGCCUGCGGGUCAUGAGCAAUCUGGUUCCGCAAGAGGAGGAUGACAAGGCUUGGGGCUAUCUGAAGAAUGCCAUGGGCGUCUUUGCCGAGCUCACCAUGCGUAACACGGAUCUGCUGAGUGUCCAGGCCCUGCUUGGAAUGGCCCUCUUCAUGCAGGGGACGCCCAAUCCCCAGCCGACCUUCCUGCUGAUCGCUGCCGCUAUUCGGCUUUCGCAUAGCAUUGGCCUCCACAAGAAGGGCACGGGAUUCAACCUCAACCCCAUUGAGAUUGAGCAGCGCAAGCGAGUGUUCUGGAUCGCUUACAUGCUGGACAAGGACCUGUGCUUGAGAUCAGGACGUCCACCUGCCCAGGAUGACGACGACAUGAACGUCGAGCUUCCCGAUGCCGACCCCGAGGACAACAUUGGCAACAUCCCUUUGGCAGAUGGAAAGGGCAAAAUGAAUCUUUUCAGAGUCAUGUGUGAAUUUGCCGUCAUCGAAAGCAAUGUCUACAAGAGGCUGUACGCGGCCAAGGCGGCAAAGCAAUCCGACGGCGAGCUCCUUGCAACAAUUGGAGAGCUAGAUCAACAGCUGGAGGAGUGGAAGGACCGGAUCCCCAUCGACUUUAGGCCUGAGCAUGAAAUCAGGGCUUCGCACACGCCUCUGAUCCUUCACAUCGUCAUGGUGCACUUUACUUACUAUAACUGCCUGACAACCAUCCACCGCAUGUCAGUUCACCACGGCUUCUGGACCAGCCGGCUUGCCAACUAUGCCAUCUCAGGCCAGAACGUGCGACCACUCAACCCCAGAGUGUAUUCGUCUGCUAUGCUCUCAACAGCAGCAGCGCGAGCGUCCAUCUCCCUGCUCAAGUACAUCCCCCAAGGAGACUUUUCUUGCGUUUGGUUGAUUCUCUACUUCCCGGUCUCGGCGCUAGUCACCCUUUUCGGCAAUAUUCUACAGAAUCCUCUCGAUCAGCGAGCAAAGUCCGACGUUCGACUGAUGAAUCUCGUCGUCACAUUUCUCUCAAUGCUUGGUCAGGAAGCGGAGCAGGGAGGUGUCCACAGGAUGCUGGGCAUCUGUUCCGAGUUUUGCCGAAUCGCCCAAAGAGUCAUUGAGAAGGCUGAAAAGGAACAAUCUUCUCGACGUAAGCGCAAGGCCGCGGAUACCCCAGGAAGCAUAGACGCCCAUAAUCAUCACACCACAGCAACGACGACACCGCAGACCAACGUCCACGAUACGUUGACACCCGAAUUUGCGGCAGCACGUGCCUCGAUUCACAAUGCAGCCAACAAGGCCACGCCGUUGGGCUCGUCGCCGUCAGUCGACUCCAUGGGAUGGACACAAGACAGCCAGAUGCCCCAGGACAUUGAGUUCGAAUCCUUCAGCGAUCUGACGGGGUUCGGUGCCGAUGUUCAGUCGCCGCCGGUGCCCAGCGGUCGUGGCUUCCCGCAACCCGUGCUCCCCCAAGACCUCUUUUCCCUGUCUAUGAGCCUGGAUUGGAACUGGGUCGAGAUGAGCGGAGGGGCGUAUCCUACGGUUGAGAAUGGCAACUUUGGCGGCCUCGAGAACACGGGUGUCCUUGGCCCACGGGAGCAGAGGCAGUGA